AUGAAGGGCUGGCUUCAGACCCUCUGCCUGUCUGCUCUGCUGGCAGGCCGGGUCCUUGCGAACGAACUGGAACUGAAACAAGAUGACGCGCACCGACAACGAUGCUCCGGAAUGUACAGCCGGAAGGCUUGGGGAGGCAAUGUCGAUCCAUUUAUCCUGACCAAGUUCGUCAAGGUCGACAGUGAAGAGGAAGGCGAUCCACUUGUCAGUCUGGUGAUCUUUGAGUGGAACGAUGAGGAAUUAAUCGGGAGAGUCGUUCCGGGAGGAGAUGAAUUGGCGACUAUUUGUGACGAGAGCAACGUCGAAGCCAAGCUGUGCACCCAAGACGAGAUAGGCUCCUUCAUUCUCGCUGCCAAUGCUUCCGAGGCUGCCCAAAGUCCGAUUGUGUCUAAGGCCAUCCAUCUGAAAGAUCCGAUUGCCGUCAACUACCCAGUGAAGAAGACGGGCUUCUACUGUGUGAGCACAUAUGCGUAUUCCGGUCACGAUUACAGAGGGGUGGUUGAAUUUCGAAAUUCCUACGGAGAGCUUCCGGCUGCCCAGAUUGCGAAGCUACCUUUCUAUGGAGGGUUGACAAUAGUCUAUGCUGUGAUUGGGAUCUUCUGGGCCUUUCUCUAUGUCCAAAAUCGGCAUGACAUCUUGCCCGUUCAGAACUAUAUCACGGCCAUCAUUGUCUUCCUCAUAGUCGAGCAAUUGAUGACUUGGGGGUUCUAUGACUAUCAGAAUCGACACGGCUCGAACUUAAUGGCAAAGGUGCUAAUGAUAAUCGUUGCCAUCCUCAAUGCGGGCCGCAAUUCUUUCUCCUUCUUCCUGCUUCUCAUUGUGUGUAUGGGCUAUGGUGUCGUCAAGCCGUCGCUUGGUCGGACCAUGAUCUAUGUCCGCAUUCUGGCCAUUGCUCAUUUCGUUUUUGGGGUCAUCUACGCCAUAGCCAGUCUAUCAAUCACACCAGACAGCGCCGGCCCACUUGUUCUGCUCGUGAUUCUCCCGCUCGCGGGCACGUUGACUGCAUUCUACGUCUGGACCUUGAACUCGCUCAACAUGACGAUGAAGGAUCUUGUUGAGAGAAGACAGAAGACCAAAGCGAUGAUGUAUAAGAAGCUGUGGUGGUGCAUCCUCGGAAGCAUCAUUGUGAUCUUUGGAUUCUUUUUCAUCAACUCCUUUGCAUUUGCCGGUCGCGACAACGCCGACUUUGUGCCGACGCACUGGAAGACCAGAUGGUUUGUUCUGGACGGCUGGCUCAACGUCGUUUACUUGUUUGAUAUUGCGUUUAUUGCUUACUUGUGGCGGCCUACGGCGAACAACAGACGGUUUGCGAUGAGUGACGAGCUCGCCCAAGAUGAUGAUGGCUUUGAGAUCCGCUCGCUUGCCAAUUCCCUGGAUGAAGAAGGCGCACUGGGAGGGCCGGAUGAGGCCGGACACCGCGAACCGGAGCGGGAGCUUUCUCCCGUUCCUCCUAAGCCGGUGCAACCUGCGCCGCGGCAGCGUGAAUCGCUCGACGGCGAGACGAUCUUCGCUGUCGGCGAGGAAGACGGAGACAAGUGGUCCGAAGACGAGGACGAUUCAUCACGGAAUUCGACGAGUGAGAGGAAGAAGCUGACCAGCGAUAAAGAUAAAUAA